AUGGAGGCCUUGGCGGGAACGGCACCGGUGGUGCAGGCCGCUGCUGGGACCCUCUUUACCUGGGGCGUGACGGCAGCCGGGGCGGCCCUGGUCUACGUGGCCAUGCCCAGUCAGCUUUUUCUAGACACCUGUCUUGGCUUUGCUGCCGGUGUCAUGCUGGCGGCUUCGUACUGGUCACUUCUGGCGCCAUCCAUCGAAAUGGCCGAGAGCAGUGGGAGCUAUGGACAGAACGGUGAACUGGCUUUCUUCCCGGCAGCCGUCGGCUUUGUCCUGGGCUGCGUCUUUGUUUAUGGAUCAGAAGCGCUUCUUCCGCUUCUGGGUAUGGACGGAGAUGUCCAUGAGCUGAUUGCACACAAGAAAACCGAUGGCGAUGCCCUUACACUUCGCAUCUCAUUGGAUCUCGUAUGGCCGGAAUCAACUUGCAUAGGCGAGAUUCCCCGGGCUGCCGCUGCCGCUGCAAGCUGGCGUCGCACGCUCUUGCUCGCGCUGGCCGUGACCAUUCAUAACAUCCCGGAAGGCUUGGCUGUUGGCGUGGGUUUUGGCAGCGUUGGCGCCUCGGCCUCGGCAACGUUUGCCAAUGCCUGCAAUCUGGCGCUUGGCAUCGGCAUUCAGAAUUUUCCCGAGGGCUUGGCCAUUAGCCUUCCCCUUCAUCGCGCGGGUUUUUCCAAAUGGGACUCUUUCUGGUAUGGGCAAAUGAGCGGCAUGGUUGAGCCCGUGGCCGGCGUGCUCGGGGCAGCAGCCGUCCAGCUGUUUACGCCCAUUUUGCCCUAUGCCCUCGCUUUUGCCGCCGGUGCCAUGAUCUAUGUUGUGCUGGACGAUAUCAUUCCUGAAAUCUGCAACGGGUCACACCGCACUGCAGCCAACAUGGGCGCGGUUGUUGGUUUCGUCGUCAUGAUGUGCUUGGACGUUGGUCUGGGUUGA